AUGGGUGGUGAUGAAGAUGAAGAACACUAUGAUAAAGAUUUAGGCAGACUCAUCCCAGGAGUAAUUCAGGAACAUGAUAUGCAUGAUUUGCACAGGAGAAUAAGACACCUAGGGAAAAAAUGCGAUGACUCUUCUGAUAUUCUACUGCAACAAACAAGUGAACUUAAAUCCAGCAUUGAACGAGAAGAACACCUUGAAAGAGAAUAUCUGUUACAUAUUGAAGACCUCCAAGAAGAAUUACAAACAGAGAGAGCUAACCAUGCUGAAGCUGUAUAUGAUUUGGAAAUCAUUCUUGAUGAGUUUGCUGAAUUUGAAAACGUGUAUGAAACAGAGAAGCAAAAUGCUCAAGUGAGCACUUUACUGCUACAGAUAAAAGAAAAAGAGUUUUCUGACACAAACAAGCAACAAAAUGAAAAGAUUGAAGAACAGAAAAAAGUAAUUACAGAUCUCUCUAGGAGACUUCAAAAUAAUGAAAAAUGUUGUGAUGAAUUACGGGAAGAACUUGUAAGGUCUAAGAGACACCAGACCGACCUAUUAGAGACAUGUGAAAAUGAUGCGAAAGAACUGGUAUUAAUCUUGGACAUGUUUCCUGGGUCGACUGAGCGGACAUCAGGCAUCCACAAGGACAAAGAUAAAGCUCCAAGGCUCUCUCCUGUCCUUGACACUUUGAGAAGUACCUUGACAGAUUACCAAAACAAGUUUGAAGAUACUUAUAAUGAGAGAAAUGACAUGAAAGUUAUUUUGGAAAAAACAUUUAAAGAACUUGAGUCUUCUAAAGAGAAGAUACAUUUUCAAAAUCAAAAACUAAAGGAAGUACAGGAUAACCUGGCUGAUGCCAGUAAAGAGUUAAAUGAGCUGCACACUAAGUAUGCAGACAGGGGGGCUUUAGUGGACUCUUUAAAAGUGGAAGUACAAGAUGGGCUACUCUGCUGCAAUAAAGAGAACAUGCAUACCACAGAAUCUGAAAACGAAAUCCAGAAGCUUACCAAAGCUUACCAUAAAGAUGCUGAGGAGAAACUAACUUCCCUUCAUACUUUAUAUCAGCAUUUGGGAACAGGCUCUGGGUUAAAAAGACAACCAGAAGGCAAACUGGAAUUAUUUUCCUGGUCUGAGAUUUGUGCAAUCUUGCAGGAGAAUGCGGAUGCCCUGAUCUUAGACCUCGAAAGGGCUAAUGAGAAGGUAGCUCAUCUACAGUGUAUUUGCAAGAAAUAGUCUGAUACUUUGAAGGAACUUCAAAAGUGUCAGGAUGAAAUUUUUAAUAUGAUAGAACAUGUAAAAUCGCAAGACUAAUUAUGGCAGAAACAGAAAAAUAUUAUGAGGCAGCAGCACUUCGCCAAAUCCUGCUGUUCCUGUCUUCUCAGCAUCUCUAGAAUCUGCCCCUUGGUUUCCAUCCACAACUGCCACCAAGCUGGUCCAUGCACUUGGUUCAGCUUGACAACAUUUGAAGAAAUUGCUAAGAGAAAUGAGGAAAAAUUUGCCAAGAUUAAAGAAGACCAAGAGCAGUUGAAACUUGAAAAUGCAUAUUUGAAAAAUACAUUAUCACAGACUCAAAAGGAACCAAAUCGUUAUCGGUGUUCGGUGGAAAAGUCCAACUUCCUGUUCUCCUGGGAGGGAAAUUUCCAUGGAGUCAAAGAAAUCCGAGUUUCUAUAGGAGAAUCCGAUGUUGAGCCUCCUUUGUCAGCUGGAAAUCAGAAGGCGCAGAUCUGUUGCAAUCAAGUACUAAAGUGGUUUUCCAGCAUUCAUCUUCUUUCUGCAAUAACCAAAUCUAUGACUGAAUUACAGGAACUUAUUAUUGAAAAAGAUCCAAAUCGCAUACUUAAUGAAGAAUUACUUGUAAGUAAAGCAAAAAAUUCAUUUGCCAAACUUAUGGACAGACUUGGCCUGGCAAUGGAGAAUGGCCAGAAUGUGGACUAUAAAGAGCAGGGCAACCUGCUUCUGAAACUGAAUUGUGGACUCCAAAAAAUAAGCGCCCAGGCCCUGGAAGACGGUCUCAAUGUCCCUGUGCCUGUUAUGAACCAAGUAUCUGAAUUUAUAAGCAAACUACUCUUGGGGCUCACAGAAUUCAAACAGAAUCUGAAUGAAGUGAAAAAAGAACUUGACAUAAACCAGAGCCUGGAAUGGAAAUCCAAUGAGUCUGAGCAAUCUAGAUUGAUCUCCUCUGAGGACAAUGUAAAUGAAUGUAUGGAACCAAAUAAUCCAGUAUGCCAGGAACAGCAGACCAAACUGCUUUUGAGUGAACUUUCACAACAGCUACAAGAGUUAAACCUUCAAGAAGAAUUCCCCUCUGGGGAGCAAGAUCAAAACCAAAUCCUGGGUGAAGCAACUGAGGGCCUCUCCAAGGCAAAGAAUGAGCUGAGUAGAAAAGAUCAAUCUCUGGAUGAGCUCAAUAGACAUCUUACCCAGCUGGAGCAGGACAAGCGUCGACUCGAGGAGAGCAUCCAUGAUGCAGAGAGUGCCCUCUGCAUAGCAGCAAAAGAUAAAGAAUACCUUGCAGAUCACAUGAAAUCAGUGGAAAAGAUUUUUUGUAAUGUCACAGAUCAGAUUUCACUGUCACACACUGCGGCAGAUACUAGUGACUACACCCUGAAGCUACCAAAACUGCACCUGGAGACUCUGGCAAUGAAGGGGCUGCAGGGUGGGCCGGAGGUUGACGCUUUCCAGGGUGUGAUUAAAUGUUUCAUGGACAUCUGUGAAUUUGCAAGCUCUAGAAUUGCUGGAUCUGCAGAAGAAACUACAUCUUAUCAAAACAACACUGUAUCCCUAAAGUCAGAAUCCCAAACAGUAGAUCAACAUGAAAAGGAAAGUUUGCACUCCGUAAAUCCAUGCCUUAUUUGAGAUAAUCUGCUUCAGUUACAUGUAUAUUCAGGUGACACUUAAUUUCUUGUUUUGCCAUUGUUAUAAAUUAUUGCAGUAGGUGAUCAACCUGGAUGUAUAAAACCCUUGGAAGAGAAGAAAAUUAUUUGGAGAAUUAAAUUAUCUGUAUUUUGUAUAAAGAUGUACAUUGAUAUGCACAGAUCAUUGUGAUUUGUUUGUGUAUGACCCUACAACUGGAAGCUAAAAUUGAAAAUAUACGUAGUUGG